AUGGACAAGACCCAUCUUUCCAGCACUAAUGACAUCAUAAUGACGAGCUCAACAGGCCCCUACCAGCAGGAACCCCUGACUCCACCCAGACCCACCCAUCUCCACUCCUCACCCUCUUCCAUGUCCUCCCCCUCUCCAUCCUCCUCCUCAUCACCCCUCAAGCCCAACCAGGUCGGCCAGGUCAUCCUGUACGGCGUUCCCAUCGUAUCUCUGGUCAUCGAUAACAAUGAGAGACUUUGCCUGGCACAGAUUUCCAACACACUCCUCAAGAACUACAGUUACAAUGAGAUCCAUAAUCGUCGCGUGGCGCUGGGCAUCACCUGCGUCCAGUGCACUCCGGUUCAGCUGGAGAUUCUUCGUCGGGCCGGAGCCAUGCCCAUCUCGUCACGCCGCUGUGGCAUGAUCACCAAGCGAGAAGCCGAGCGCCUCUGCAAGUCCUUCCUGGGAGAGAACGCACCGCCCAAACUGCCCGACAACUUCGCCUUCGACGUGACACACGAGUGCGCUUGGGGUUGCCGUGGUAACUUCAUCCCGGCACGCUACAACAGCUCCAGGGCCAAAUGCAUCAAGUGCUCCUUCUGCAACAUGUACUUCUCCCCAAACAAGUUCAUUUUCCAUUCCCACCGCACACCAGACGCCAAGUACACCCAGCCCGACGCCGCCAACUUUAACUCCUGGCGAAGACACCUCAAACUCAGUGACAAAAUCCCAGCUGAUGAGUUAGUUUACGCGUGGGAAGACGUCAAAGCUAUGUUCAACGGAGGCAGCCGGAAGAGAGCGCUGCCCUCCUCAGCCCACUGUUCCUCCAUGGGUGCUAUGAAGUCCCUCCCAGGUUCGGUGGUGCCUCACAUGAUGGGACCCGAGCUGGGUGCUCAGAAAAGAAGCCGCUAUGAAGACGAGGAUGAUCUGGAUGGAGGAAGUCUGUCUCCCCGUAAGACCCCUCGUAACUACCCUGUCAUCCCUGUCCCAAGCAAAGGCUUUGGCAUGCUGCAGAAGUUCCCUCCCACGUCGCUCUUCCCCUCGCCUUACCCCUUCCCAGCAUUCGGCCUCUGCCAGCAGAAAAAAGAUGACAGUGAUGUUUCAGGUGCGCAGAAAGCGGCAGGGUUGUCGGGUCUUUUAUGGCCUGGCCGCAAAGACACUUUUUAUCCUCCUUUCUGCAUGUUUUGGCCACCAAGAGCGGCAGGAGGAAUCCCUGUCCCCACCUACCUCCAGCCUCAGCCCGGAGCCCUCUCCUCCCUGGCAGACAACCCCUCUCUCAGGCAGGCCUUUUUGGAUCUCUCGGACCCCAGCGAGCCUGGAGCUGUAGCUGGCAAUGGAAAUAGUGUCAGCGCCAACAUGGCCCCAAGCAGUGGGACUACCACACCCAGAUCUGGGCUGUUUGACCCAGAGUGCACGACAGUCACCCCUGAGCUUCGACCUGUGACGUCAGAGGGCUGGCUCAAACUCCUGGACACCCCAAACCUCCAAACCAGAAAGCCCAGCUAUGGCUCGGCCUUCCGCCCCGUCGUUAAAGAUGCGGAGAGCAUUGCCAAGCUCCACAGCAACAGUGGAGGAGUCACCGGGGCAACAGACGAGGACUUUGGGGUCGUGGUCACCAGGUCAGACCGCCACCAGCGGCUAUCGCCCAGCAGCAGCUGUAGUUACGGAAGUGAAAGCGGAGGUGAUGGAGAGGCGGACGGAGUGGAGAGUGAGGAGGAGGGGGAGGUGGACGUGGAGUCGUCGAAGCUGGAGGACGAGGAGGAGGAGGGGGGCUUCACAAGCAGGCUGCCACAGACUCAAACCAACCUGUACAUCCCUGCGCUGAGCGACAAUUCGGGAGACGAGAGGGGGAAGGAGAGAGGGAGUGGCACAGUGUAUCACAGCACCUCCCCUCCCUCCUCCUCAGACCCCAUCCAGCAGGAGUCCCCCAGCUUGCCUGCCUCCCCUCCUGCCAGCCUGCCUCUCUCCAGCUCCACCCCGCCUCACCGAGAGGACCCAGCUUACAAAAACGUUCACAAAAAUAGAGACGAAGGGCUACCUGCAUACGCAACCAAAGACAACUCCAGCAUCUCUGAUGAAAACAAAGAGCAGAAUAGUUUCUUUGUACCAGAGAGUGAGACGUCAGCGCCCGACUACUGGAGGGAAAGCUCAGGUGAUCAGAGCCAAGGUGCUGCAUCUCCUGUGCCACUAAAGAAGGAUGUUGAGAACAUGGAGAAAGAGGAGCUCCAGAAGGUUCUGCUGGAGCAGAUCGACUUCAGGAGGAGACUGGAGCAAGAGUUUCACGCUCUGAAGGGCACCUCACCGUUUCCCGUCUUCCAUAAUUUUCAAGACCAGAUGAAACGAGAGCUCGCCUACAGAGAAGAGAUGGUCCAACAGUUACAGAUGAUUCCCUACGCAAACAUCAUCAGAAAAGAAAAGAUCAGCUCCCAUCUCAACAAGUAG